CGGCCGACCAACCAAUCAGCGUGGAGUUUGCACGUGAGCGUCUGGGUCAGGGUUUAAGAUCCGUCAGGACUUGGAAAACGUCUUGGAGAGGCUGAGUUAUGAACUCUUUAGAACAGGCCGAAGGUACACAACAUGAUCUCAAGGCCUUUGAAAGAAGACUCACGGAAUACGUUUCCUGUUUACAACCUGCCACAGGUCGCUGGCGGAUGAUUCUUAUAGUGGUUUCUGUUUGCACGGCUACUGGAGCUUGGAACUGGUUAAUAGAUCCUGAGACACAGAAGGUAUCCUUCUUCACAUCUCUAUGGAAUCAUCCAUUUUUCACGAUUAGCUGCAUAACUCUGAUAGGCUUGUUCUUCGCUGGAAUACACAAGCGAGUCGUGGCACCAUCAAUAAUAGCAGCCCGGUGUCGGACGGUGCUAGCAGAGUACAAUAUGUCAUGUGAUGAUACUGGAAAACUCAUCUUGAAGCCCAGGCCGCAUGUCCAAUAGCACACGUCAUCAUAAAACAAAGCUUACUGCAAGAAGAUCAACCCUUUAAACUUUUAAUGUAAUUAGCGCAGGGUCUACAGACUACACAGAAGCCUCUAAAUUGAUUACCAAAGUGAGUAAGAAGCGCAGCACUGACAAAAAUCUCUCUCUAUCUAUCUAUCUAUCUAUCUAUCUAUCUAUCUAUCUAUCUAUCUCUAUCUAUCUAUAUAUCUCAAGUAAAAGCAUUUGUACAUUUACUGUUCUAUAAAAACAAACAACAAAGAUCAUGUGGAACGGUUGCAUCUCCUCUCUCAUGUAUUUCUGUGUUGCUGCUGCACUUUCAAGUCUUUGCUCAUGUAAAUUAGCUUGUGCGUACGAGUGAGGCCAAGCAAGCCCAAGCUUGGUCGCUUCUGUUGUAACUGCUCCCGUUUGUCACUACUGUAAAUACUGGAGUCAUGGGGCCACAGGUGGUGAUGACCAUGCCAAUGUACAGAGUGAGAGGAGACCGUGUGUGUGUGUGUGCAAGGCUGGGGCCACAGGUGGUGAUGACCAUGCCAAUGUACAGAGUGAGAGGAGACCGUGUGUGUGUGUGCAAGGCUGGGGCCACAGGUGGUGAUGACCAUGCCAAUGUACAGAGUGAGAGGAGACCGUGUGUGUGUGUGCAAGGCUGGGGCCACAGGUGGUGAUGACCAUGCCAAUGUACAGAGUGAGAGGAGACCGUGUGUGUGUGUGCAAGGCUGGGGCCACAGGUGGUGAUGACCAUGCCAAUGUACAGAGUGAGAGGAGACCGUGUGUGUGUGUGCAAGGCUGGGGCCACAGGUGGUGAUGACCAUGCCAAUGUACAGAGUGAGAGGAGACCAUGUUUGUGUGUGUGUGCAAGGCUGGGGCCACAGGUGGUGAUGACCAUGCCAAUGUACAGAGUGAGAGGAGACCGUGUGUGUGUGUGUGUGCAAGGCUGGGGCCACAGGUGGUGAUGACCAUGCCAUUGUAAAGAGUGAGAGACCGUGUGUGUGCUUUUAUUUUUUAACCCAGAGUCUGAAGGGAAAUCUCAAGGCCAUGCUGUAUAGAUUUUAGUCAGGGCUCUUUGCUGUGGUGUCAUAGUUAUUCUUCGUUUGCCAUAUACUUGUAUUUGAUCAUCUGAGUCCGUACUACACAAUAUUGGUACUAAGCUAGUGCUUCUUUGACAUGCUUCAAACACUGUUCGCAGUUUGAAUUCAGUGUUCAAGCAGAAUUUGGUCAAAUCCGUCCGUAUUUCAUGUCACACUCCUCAUUGAAUAAUUACGGAGAGGUGUUGUGUGUGUGUCUCCGCUGCAGAACCCACAUGCCAGCAGAUUUCAUUUUUGAAUCGUUUUGCUGAAGCAGUUGAGCCAGGAUGUGUGUUUUGUAGGGAGAUGAAUUGUAGCCUGCAUGGUGGUCUGCUGAUUCUGGCUGUAACUUAGUAUUUGGUAAAUUGUCCAAAACCUAACUUAGGCAUAUACUGUAGGCACUUUUGCUGAGCAAUAACAUGACAUCAUGAAGUGACCUCACUCCUACAAAAUGCAAGUGUCCUUCAUUUGAAACAGUUCAUUCAAUGACAAGGUGGGUUCCAAUAUUUUGUCGAAAGGAUUGCAGAUCUGUAUGAUAUCCUUUUAAAAGGGGUUUCCCUGUGCUGCUGCUUGUAUACCUCUUACAGCCUUUAUAUCAGAAUGAACUGAAAAGGGGAUCGCAGCCAGUACAUUUCGAAUUGUAAAUAAUUGUUACAAGGACUGUGAGCUUUGAAGUGAUGAAGCAUGUUCUUUUAUAAGACAAACAAUUAGCUUGCUAAAAUUGAAACUGUUUUUUUUCAAAUCUAUUGCAAUAAAUUUGUAAUUUAUUUUGUAUUGUAUGUACUGUAUUUGUAUUUGCUGCUGAAACAGUUCUCUAUUAAGCAACCACUUAUCUCACAGAUAAGAAUCACAGAAGUUGAAUAUAUACACAGAAAUUGUUUAACUGUUGGCUACUAUUAACAUUGUAUAUAUUUUGUUUGUUUUAACAUUUUAUUAAAUACAGUAGAUAUGGAUACUUUUGCUUGCUGUUUGCUUAUGUUUUUUUUGGGGGGACUGUACCAGCCAGUGUUGUAUAUUGUUAUCGGGUGGGUAAGAUUAUUGGGGUUUACCUCUCUGCAGAGAUCUGGUGCUGACAGACGGGUGAGGGUCAUUGCUCUUGAUCAGGCUAAUUUACCAUUCCAAGUGAAUGAAGUGAAGAAGCAGCUGCUUGGCUUUGUGUGGAUUGCUGUUCUCCAGAGUCUGAGAAGAGCAGAAAUCAUCAUAAAUCCAAGCAGCUGUUUCUUCACUUGUUUCACCCGGGAUGGGAAAUGAGCCCAAUGACCCCUCCUGAUUUCUGUGGAGAGCUCAGAGCCAGUAAUCAAAUAAUUGGUUUGUGCAGCUCUACGGUGAAGCUGAUCGAUUUUCAGUUGAUCUGAACCGUGGAGGGGAUGUAAAUCCAGCUGCUGAUUUUGAACACUGACAUCUCAAACAGUGCAUGCGAGUUGCUUUUACUGUAUUUUCUGCUAGUGCAAUAAAGGGCUUCAUUUAAAUAUAUAUAUAUAUAUAUAUAUAUAUAUAUAUAUAUAUGUAAAAAAUAUUAUAGGUCUUCUGCUGCUCAGACCUAUUUAAUACAACUAGAAAAGUUCUAUUAGAUAAGUAUAGUUUAAUCUGUAUCAUAUUCAGGCAAAACAGAUGAAAGCUUUUAUUUGCUUGUGUUUGAGAUGUGUGUGCCAGUGGACAGCACCUCCAGAUCGGCUUUCUCUUUCUAUCACAUGGUUCUCUACCUCCAGUUGGUUCUUGGGAGGGUAAGGUUGACACACGCACUAACCCUUCUGUUUGUAUCCUUUGUGAUGACUGCCAGAAUCCUUCCUGUAUGUGUGCUGCACGUAGUGAUGUUAAUGAGGGGGCAGGGGCAUGGCAGCUCAGUGCAUGCAGGGUUACAGCGCAGUGCUACCAGGAUGUGCCCACCACUGCUUAUAGACAAUAACAUGUGAUCUAGACCCAGUACAUGCACGUUCACAAUGUUGUGUACUGUCUGUCAAGUGCUCAGCCCACCCAGCAGGACAAUGUGUACCUUUUUACUGAACACUGUCCUUUAUGUACCUGAAGAAAAAAAAAAAAACGAAACUAUUUGUUUACAGCACAUGGUUCCAGACUCCUGAAACCACUUUCAUUUGCUUGUAUUGUAAGCUGCUCAUUCAUAUUAAUAAGUGUGCUGGUGACUGAAUAUCAAGUACAAAAAACCAGGAAGUCAUUAUUAAGCAACAGUGUUAAGAAGUUGCCAUGUGUGAGCCAGCCUUUGUUUUAUUACUGUUUUCACAUGUAGCAACAACCAGCCUGUCUUCUGUUUGAAGGAUGUCUGUUUUUGUUUUUUUUUGGUUUUUUUUUGUAAUCUGAAAUUAAAAGUGUACAUAUUGUG